UGAACGCAUCACGUUACUAUGGUGACUCAACGCUGAGACUUGGGAAAAGUCACGAUAAAUUCAGCUACCUAACUUAUUAAAUAAUAGACACGGGGUCGAAAGGACAACGGCACGAUGGAUGAACUGGAAGACUUUGAGAGUUUUUUGAAGAAGGUUGACAAAAUAAGUGAGCUAGUGAAAGAUCUCAAUUCUUCUGACGUCAAAGUCCAGCAAAAAGCAAUGGAGAAAGCUGAUUGCUACAUAGCUGCUGGGGAUGAACCCUGCAGGACAAAAGUCAACAAGACUACAAUCAACACAAGCCCACUACUUGAACCUACCUUGAGUCCGCAUAUGCAGAAUGAAAGUCCAGAGAGUUUCAUGAAGAUUAUGGAAAGAGAUGCUGAAGACAGGAGGAUUGCUAAAGAGAAAAAGGCAAUUGCACUCAAAGACAAGGGGAAUGGAGCUUACGCUCAAGAAGACUAUGAAACUGCUGUGAAGUAUUACACUGAUGGUCUGGCUGAACUACGGGACAUGCAGACAUUGUACACCAACCGAGCACAAGCCUACAUCAAGCUGGGAAAGUACCAGGAGGCCAUCAGUGACUGUGAAUGGGCCCUGAAGUGCAAUGAGAGGUGCAUAAAGGCUUAUGUACACAUGGGCAAAGCACAUUUGGAAUUGAAGAAAUAUAAUGAGGCCAGAAACUGCUUUGAAAAGAUAAUGGAAAUUGAGCCUGGGAGGCAGAAGUUGGCAAAAGAAUACCUGAUCCAGGUAGACUUGGAAGAGAACAGAGAGCGUCAGGAGAUGAAUGCAAGAGAAGAAUUUGACAAGGGAGAAGGGAAGGCCACAACAGUGCCCCAUCUGUUGGAGAAGCUAUCACGACCCAGUCAGAUGCCCUUCGACUAUUGUGAAGGAUUGGAGAUUUUGUCACGAGCAGUUACUGACUGUACAGGCCAGACCCUUUUCAGACUGAACAAUGGCUUUAGUGUCAUCAGCAGCAAUGACACGGUGAAGAGUUGCCUGUUGCAGAAAACAAAGGAUCCAGACUGCCAGGGGUUGUGUGUGUCUGUCCUGAAGUUAUGGACAGUUAUUUGUAGUGGAAAUGAUGAAAAUCAAAAGAUACUGAUGACAUGCCCAGUCUUCAGACAGUCCAUUGUGGACUUAGUAAGCUCAGAGCAUGUUGCAGUACAGAAAGAAUGCUUGGCAUUACUAUGUUUAUACUCACAUAUGCCGUAUGCCAGACGUUUGGCCAUUGAGAACCUGGAGGUGCACAAGUUAGUGAGGAACCUCAUGGUGUGCAUCUCAAAGCCCAAGCAGCAGCAGGAGAACACAGCAUGCACCAUUCUGGGAAACUUUGCAGCAGAAAACAAAUUUUGUAUUCAGUUAAGGAAUGUGUUGACUGACUCUGUCAUUGUGCCAUUUACAACAAUACUGAGGAAUAGCAGCAAGACCAAUCAGCAUGUGCUUCCAUCACUGAUAUCCGCUAUUGGCUGUCUGGCUCGAGAUGAUGUCAUCCUCCACAAUCUUGCUCAUGAUCUAGAAUGUUGGAAGGCCUUCCUGGUUGCCACUAGAAAUUGCAGUGCAUAUGAAUACAAAGAGAUCCUGUACCCUCUGCUUGGCUUGAUGAUCAACCUUUCAACUAUCACCUCUUCAGUCAUCCAGGAGCAUGCUGUUUCACUGUGCGACUGCUGUCUGGGCUUUUUGAGGGACAGUGAUGGAGGAGUCAUAACUAGAGCCACAGGUUUGCUGAGCUCCAUCCUCCCUCAGUCCUCUGAGGCUAUUCACCAUGUUAUUCAAAGGGAUGUGGUCCAGACCAUGCAGCAGUUGCUGAAGGGAACAGGGCAGACCAUCACUAAGUAUGCCAUUAAGACCCUGACAGUGUGUACUGCUGCCAGUCACGUGGCACGAGAGGAGCUGGUGAAGUCUGACAAAAAACUGUCGAUUUUGCGUCAUUUGCUGAGCUCCAGCUGUGAUGAGAUGGUGUUAGGAAAUGCAGCGCUGUGCUUGGCCCACUGCCUCGAGUUGCCAGGAAUUGCCAACAACCUGCUAGGCACUGAUAUUGUAUUGCUGCUACUGCGCCACGCUGCAGGGGAUGCUAAGAGGAUGGCUGUGCAGCAGAAUGCAGCGAUUGCUCUGGGGAAGCUGUGCUGGUCUGAGCCCAGACAUAUGAAUAAACUUCGAGAACUACAUGGCCUUGAGAUCCUGCACUCCUGUGUGAAGCUCAUCACAUGAACCCAUGGCAAUAUAAUCUUGUUGUUUGUCAUGAGUCUUGUUCUAUUCUGGAUUCUCUUUUAGGUCCUGGUAGUAAUGUCUACCGGCUGACUGUUUCCUAAGGGUCUCAGAGCCCUGCUGGGUUUCUAUUCUUCAGACCCACUGAGUGAUUUAUGAACUAGUAGAAUCAAUUCUGUAGGUAAUUGUAAGCCAGUGUAAGGAUUUAAGAUUUUUUUUUGUUUUGGUGGAAGAAUGUUAAAGCUGCCUUGUGCUAUAUGUCUUUUAUUAGAUUAAAAUAUCAUUCAUAUUUUCAAUCCAAAUAUUUGUCCUGAACUGUCAAAAAUACACAAAUAUACAGUAUGACAGAAUGCAUUGCUUAAACAAAGAAGCUACAAACUGCAGCAUUAACCAAAUAAAUCACAAGUUCUAAUAAA